UAAAGAUAAUGUUAUGCAUGUGGAUAUAUUUGGAAGCUACAUCAAGAUAUGUGUCCAGGUAACAUAGGAAUAAAUCCAUCCUAGUGUUUCCUCUUAUGUUAACAGUCUGCCUGCCCCUAGCAGAUGAUCUCUCUCUGCCACAAAAAGACCUUCAACUUCUGCCUCUGAUUUAGGGAAAGAUGUCGCUCAAGCCAGCUGAAGUGUAGUAGGCAUGUGGAGUGGCAGUAUAAACACCUGCUAACAGGAACAGCUCCUGAUCUAUAAGUAGGGAGGCAGGCUGUUUGUACCUCUCCUAUCCUUAGUCAAUGGGCACUUUGAGGUCACUGCUUCAUCCAUGGAAUGAUGUGAUCACAGCUAUGUACAGCUACCUGGUCCUCAAUUGGAUCAGGACUCCUGUCACCACUGACAGACACAGCUGUGAAAAGAUGAAGCAAGGUGCUGACAAGAGAGAUACUCAUAUUCUGAGAAAUUGUUUUUUUUUUUUUGAGAUAGUAUAUAAAAGGUGUGCAUUCCAAAAUCCUGCCCUUCUGAUUUGUUUAUAGCUAGAGAUAUGUCACUGUUUUAUUUCCUGCAGUCAUUUCCUCUAGUUCCGUUCAGCCUCUGGUAUAAAGUAUUCAAAUAGUGAAAUCCAGAGAUUAUGAUUACUCAUCUCUUCACUCAUCUGUUGUGUAAUUCUAGCCAUGAGGCUCAUCUUUCAAGCAUGUUCAGUGCUCUUCACACUGGGCAACCUAGUGGCUUCUCAGUCACAGUCUCCUGGUUGGAAAAAUGCCAUCAGCACCACAAUAAUCAACUUCAAUAAUGAGAAGAUGCAGAUCACAUGGGCAGCAAGAGAACUAUUUCCUGGAGAGAAUGUGUCAUUUUCUUAUACAUUUGAUGAAAGCAAGUACAAAGUUUGGAAGCCAUGUCCCACAUAUUUGUUGGAUCAAGACUAUAAUUCUGGAUGUCUUUUUAAGACAGAAGGACCCACCCUUGCCAUCUCUAUCAGGAAUAACAAUGGAAGUGAAGAGCUUUUUUCUAAAAGACUAAAAUCUGAUUUUUAUAUAAAACCUAAUCGACCAGAAAAUGUGACCUUCUUCUGGAACGAGGACACUGUUACUGUAAGCUGUAAUAAACCAGAGAGAGCUGUGAAGUGCUUGAGACUUGAACUUCAAUACAAAAGCAAGUUCGACAAACAGUGGCAAUCCAGAACUUCUAAGUGUUGCAGUGUUGGAGAGCAAGGCUUUGAUUCAAGAAAAUGCUAUUCUUUCCGGGUCAGACUGAAGAGGCUAGUACCCUACUGCAACGUAGUUAAUUACAGCAGUGACUGGGAAGGAGAAACAUUUUGGAUGAAUGGCACUUUAUUAGAUUCAUGUAAUGAUGAUAUAAAACCUCGGUCAAACAGAGUAAUUGUAUUGAGUUGCUUGCUGGUAGUACUUCUAAUGACACUUAUCCUCUUGAUUCUUCUGUGUAAAUGGCAGAGGCUUCAGAAAUCAGUCAUGCCUUCUAUACCAGAUCCAAAACACAUAUUUGAUGAUCUCUUCAGUGACCAUAAUGGAAACUUCCAGGAAUGGAUAGACAAAACUGAUCAUGCAGUGGUGCAAGCCAAGCUAGAAUAUGAAGAGCCAGAGUGCAUCACUGAGGCAGAAAGCCCGCAAGAAGAUGAGAAGAGUAACAAACAUGGACCUCGAGAAAAAAUCUUCACUUUUUCUGGAGCAGCUGAAAAUAAUGACCCCAAAGAAGCGCAGAUUGCCUGUCUGAUGCCAAUGUCCAGCACUAUAGCUUCUUUUGCUGGCUUCCAAAUUUUAAUGAAUGAUGACAUGUAUGUGAUGUUAUAA